AUGUCGUCUUCUUCGGUAAUUACACCAGAAGACGUGCUUGAAUCUCUUAUGAACGAUGGAACCAUCGAUGCUCUCCGAUUGAAGAUCGUCAAUCAGCUCAAAGCCAAUGAAGAGUUAAAGAGCACAACCAUUAAAAUGGCAGAGGAGAGUAAAGUUCUUAACACACCUGGUGCUGAGAAACAGACUAAACGAGAACUCUUUGAUGCUCUUCGCCAAGAACUCGAAGGUCCAGUGCUAGACAAGGCAUCAAAAUCAGUUUGGGAAUUGAUUCUAGAGAAGGAUGGGUUAGGGAAAGAGAUAAAUGAAACUGUAGAACGCGUCUUUUGUCGUCUAAGCGGGCAAGAACCGCCCUUGUUUUCUUCAUCAAACGUGGAAAACCCUAAGGAGGUAGUGAAAGAGACAGAGACUGAGACGGAGACAAAGGAGAAUGAUAGCUCAAAGAGGACACCAAAGAAAAGAAGUCUUAGUGAGGUGAAUCCUUCUGAAGGUGUUGAUGAAGUUGCAACAACGAAGAAGAAGCAAGGAGAUUCAUCUAUUUUAACUUUAGAGUCUGGGAAAACGCCUUGA